UCCACCCGCCUCUCUCCCCUCCUCCGCCGGGCCGCAGCUACAAAGCCCGUACGGCUUGCGUCCUCUAGCUCCGGCUCGCCGUCUCCUCCCGCUCCCCUCAGCUGCCGCCCGCCUGCUGCAAACCCCGCACAUGGAUGCGUCCUCGGGCGACCGCUCGUCGCCGCGGAGCCGGCAGCUGCAGGGCCCGCGCCCGCCGCGGCUCGCCGUCAGCAAGGACUCGCACAAGGUCAGGAAGCCGCCCGUCGCGCCGCAGCGGCAGCAGCACCAGCACCAGCAGCCGGCCGCGCAGCUGCAGCAGCAGCAGCACCAGUACCACCAGCAGCAGCAGCAGCAGGGGCGGCAGCCGGUCAUCAUCUACGACGCCUCGCCCAAGGUGAUCCACACCAAGCCGGGGGACUUCAUGGCGCUGGUCCAGCGCCUCACCGGCCCGGGCUCCACCUCGCAGGCCCAAUUCGACGCCGCCGCCGCCGCGGCGGGGCCCUCGCACCCGGCGGCGAUGGAGUUCGAGCCGCGGGAGUUCCUCCUCUCGCCCACCGCCGCGCUGUCCCCUGCAGCGCGGCUGGCCGCCAUCGAGAGGUCCGUCCGCCCGCUGCCGCCGCACCACGCGCCGGCGGCCGUUCCUCCCUACUUCGGCGCCACCAACGACGACGGCUUCUUCCUGCCCGGUUCGGCGGACAUGGACAGCCUCUCCGCGGCCCUCGGCCCGCCCGCCGGCCGCCCCGGCAUCCUCUCGCCCGCGGCGCUCCCUCCGGCGGCCUCCACGGGGCUGUUCUCGCCGAUGCCGUUCGACCCGAGCUGCCUGUCGUGGCUGAGCGAGCUGAGCCCGUUCCUCCCCUCCGCCGGCACCCGCGCCGCCGCGGCCGGGCUGCUGGACCAGGCGCCGUUCGCCCCCAGCCCGCGCAGCAGCUUGCUGCUGUCCACGCCCACCAUGCCGUCGCCGGCCACCUUCUCCGUGCUGGAGUUCUUCAGCAGCCCCAACUUCCCGGACCUGUAAAUCUCUAGAUUAUUGACCUCACAACAAUUCAAUUCUACUGAUCGGUUCCAUUCCAUUACGACACUUCGCCGUUGCCGUCCGGACGUGCAGUGCUGUGCGUGCAAGCAACUCGAGAAAUCAUCCGUGCCUCACCGAGCAACACCCGGUUAAGUUUUACUGCAAUCUCAUCGCUUGUGGGUCAGUUGUUUUUUCUUCUAAUAACAAAUCGUAGUGUAUUAUUAGAGUUUUUUUUUCCGCGUCGUGUUUCGUCAUUCGUGCUGGCUUGUGGGUCAGUUGCGAGAGGGCAAACAAGUUGGCAUCCGCCACUGGUAGGCUGGUAGCUACUGAUUCAUUAAUUAAUUGAUUGGUUAGAGUAUGAAUUUUCCUUCUUUUAAACAAACCUUUCUCCGUUUGCAUUCGUCAAAUGUACGUGGGUAGGUAGGAGGCUGCUAAUGUUUUGUGCCUCUUUUUAUUUCUAUCGUUUUUCAUUAUUGUUACUAGUAGUAUUAGGUGAUAAUAUAUGUUACUGGC